UACACCUUGAGCUGGACAAUCUGUAUCACGCAGGCGAAACGACUCUCUAUAGACAUCUCCCUCGCACGAGUAUACUGAAGACGCGCGCUCUCAUUCUAUCCGCGCACCCAGCCGUCGACCAAUGGCGGCCAUAUCUUGCUCCCCCGAGAGCAGGCGACAGUGCGUGCUCUGCUCUGCUCUCAUCACAACGAGACCAAAUCUCAAAGCGAGAGGUUGUCGCGCUCGCCCCGCAUUUCGGAUGCGGCGCGAAUAUUAUCUUAGUUUAAUUAAAUAGUGCCUUAAUUUUAGUGUUAAGACUGUUACUCUGUGCUCAAAUUUUUUUUAUUACGUGACAAGUGAGAGACUGGGUGCCCGUUGUGAUUCUGGACAUUUUUCAAUUAUUUCGCACGACAGCUGAUAGCGCAUAAAUUAUUCACGAUUGGGCGCAAGCGCGGCCGACCGUCGCGGGCCAUGCAGGGAGCCGCUGCCGCCCCCGCACCUCCUGCGGCCGAGCCACCCUCUUCGCAACAAAUCAAAACAGAGGAGGUCAUCACCCAAGCAAAAAUAGACGCGGAUGAAAUGGACAGCAUGGUGGAGAAACAAGAUGUAAGAGCGACAAGGACGACUAGUAUAGACAGUGAUAACCGCUCAGAUAGAAGCGAAGAACAAGACUUGAGAAGAUCCCGCAAGAGGGCAGCAUCUACCUCCCCCUCUCCUCUACCCCUAGACAAGAGAAUCACCAGAUUUGAAUGCCCCAAAUGCAUGCAGCGGUUUGAUUCCGCAAACGCUUUUGACGUCCAUAGAUUUACUGUUCAUGCUGACGAUUCAAGAACAGGCUUCGACGAUCUUACUUUUGUUGACUUUUCAAGCAAAAAGUUCCCUGAAAUAGCCCGAGGAGUUUGCGAGCGCAAUCCCCACAUAUCAAUCACUGAACAGCGAUUCAGGUGCGAUCUCUGCUCCCGAGAUUUUCCCUGCGGUCAAGCUUUAGACAUACACAGGAAAACAUGCGCAAGCGCAACACGGAUUCAAAGUCCAGAGCGAGAUAGAAGGGAAGACUUCUUUGCUAAAUUAGACCUCAGAAACCGUUCAUUUGGAAUACCUGGCACAUUAACACCUCCGAUGGAUAGAUUUACCCCAAAGUUUGAUGAUGGGCACCUAACAAAUGGAAUCAGACACAUAGAUGCUGCCAGAGAUCUAGCUGAUAUACAAUCGAUUUUGAACGUGACAUCAGCAGGAAGUCUUUUGGAGAGAUUAACUGGCACGAGAGUAGGCCUUGAAAGUGCUGUGUUGACGCCACCUGAUACUAUAGCCAAAGAACGGGAGCAAGAAGAAACACAGGACAAUUUUGCCGCAGAAUUCAGACGCAUGAAACUGCGUGGCGAAUUUCCCUGUCGAUUAUGUCCCGCCAAAUUUCCAAAUCUUAGAGCCCUGAAAGGACAUAAUAGAGUUCACCUCAGUGGGACUGGGCCAGGCCCAUACCAAUGUAACAUGUGUCCACAUGCAUCUUUAGACAAAGCAGCUUUAGUGCGUCAUAUGCGAACACAUAACGGAGAUCGUCCAUAUGAGUGUGCAGUUUGUAAUUACGCAUUUACAACCAAGGCUAACUGUGAAAGGCAUUUACGAAAUCGUCAUGCUAAAGUUACUAGGGAAGAUGUCAAACGCUCAAUAAUCUAUCAUCCUUCAGAAGAUCCUAAUAAUGAUGAAGUAAACUCAAAACUUGCUCGUGAUGAGGUUAAAAGAUCUCUCGCUUUCCACACCCCAGAAAUAGAAAGGCGUAAUGAAAAUACAGGUCGUGAUACACCCGUCACCCAUUUUACACCCACCUUCAUUACCGAUAGACACCCUGUUUCAGCAUUAUUGGCUAAACCGUUGCAAGAUCCCACCACAACCCCAAGGGAAAGUGAACAACCCAUGCCUAGAAUAAAAGUUAAAGGCAUCGGCCAAUUAACUCAGAUUCCUGAAUUCAGGCCAGCAGACCUAUCUUCCUAUAAAAUGAAUGAUUCUGACACUUACGAGGAAGAUGUUCCAGUUGAUCUUAGCACCAAUGAUAGUUGCGAUGUUCUUGAUCUCAGUAAGAAAAAAAGAGACGUCGAUAACGAUGAACCUAAGGCCCCACCGAGACCAUCUUUUGAACCUGACCCAGCUACUUUUGCCGCUUCGGCGUUUGAGAAAACCCGACUAUUACUUGCUCAACAAAGAAUUCUUGAAAAUACCUUACCUAAAAUCGAUCCUGCAUAUUAUGCUACUCAACUUUCACAGUUGUAUGCAGGCACAGUACCCGGACUACCCGGCCUACCUUUGCCGCCGUCAUUUCCUAUCAAUCCUUACUUUCUUCAACCAUCUUUUUUUCCAAGUCCCACUGACUCCCAAGAACUUGUGGAAAUAAAACAACGUAUACAGAAAGAAAUAAUUCGAGGUUUGAGCAUGUCAGGUGGAAGACUUGUCGCCAAUGAACAAGACGUUCAGCCAAAACAAGAACCUGAAGAGGAAGAGCCAAAGCCACUGCCUCUAGCUCGGUCGCCGUCUCCAUCUCCACAAUCUGAAUCUCCGAGACCACUCAGUAACAACAUUGUACCACAAACUGAUUCCGUUAAGAUGGUUAUAAAAAACGGGGUGCUAAUGCCCAAACAAAAACAGAGGAGAUAUCGAACUGAAAGACCAUUCUCAUGUUCUCAAUGCUCAGCACGUUUCACUCUCCGAUCAAACAUGGAACGCCAUGUGAAACAGCAGCAUCCGCAGCAUUGGAGUGUGAGAAGACCCGCUCCAAGGGCUCCUCCUCCGUAUCCCAAUACCGACACUUUAGCUGAUCGAGUUAAAUACGCUCUUUUGGCCCGCCAUCUUGAACGCCCAUUGCAGCAACCUGACCGGUCGCCAAUACGCAGAGAUUCUGAUGAAGUUGCAGAUAAUGAAGAAGAUGAAGACGAUACUUUAGUUAUUGACGAAGAACCUGAUACAGAUUCCAAGCCAGAUGAGCGUUCCGCCGCACAUCGGGCUGCUGCCGAAAUUUUAAUGGCGACCCGUCAACAAGAACUUAAUAAGGACUUCGAUGUUAAAAUUGCUGGAAAUUUAAUAAACAAACCUAUUUCCCUAGUCACUGAAAAGUCUGAUGCUGAGAUUGAACCCAAUCAAGUUCCGGAUUCUUUGCCUGUUCCCGUUCUACCUGCUCGCAGUGAUGAAGAAGAAGAUGAGGAGGGUUUGGUUGCUUCAACUAGUGAAGGCAAUAACUCUGGGAGCGAUGAAAAUAAAUCCGACGCCGACAAUGGAACUCAACCACCAAAAAAGAAAUCGGCAUACAGCUUAGCUCCCAACCGAGUAUCGUGCCCGUAUUGCCACAGAAAAUUCCCAUGGUCCUCUUCCCUUCGACGCCACGUCCUCACCCACACUGGCCAGAAACCAUUCAAAUGCCCGCACUGCCCUCUGCUCUUUACCACAAAGUCAAAUUGCGACCGUCAUCUCUUACGAAAACAUGGCGGUUCUGCAAGAGCCAUAUUAGCUGAGCCCAUACCCGAAACAGUAUCCCCGCCGCAACCAGUAAACGAUACAAGAGCUGUACCAGAGCGACCAUUUAAAUGCGCUUCGUGUCCAACGAGCACCUUUUCCUCAUUGGAAACCUUGAAGAAACACAUGUCAGCUCGCCAUGGGACGGGAGAUUCGCAACCGGGAUCGCCGAAUCCCGAAGUGAAUGAUGAGAAUGCAGAUGGAUUGGUCUUUAAAUGCCAUCUUUGUGAAGGAUCUUUCGGCGAUCGAAGUGGAGCAUUGGGACAUUUGGCAUCAGCGCAUGCGACUGAAUAUGAGCAGCUGGUCAGCAAAGGAGCACUUGAUGCGGCCAGUGAUCGGAGCGAAAGUGCCGAUGAUGACGAAAGGGGCAAAUUUCCAGAUCAUGCCAAUAGAAAGGUUGUGUGCGCAUUUUGCGUCCGCCGCUUCUGGUCAGCCGAAGAUCUUCGCAGACACAUGCGGACUCAUUCUGGUGAACGGCCGUUCGCGUGUGAUCUCUGCCGGAGAAGAUUUACCCUAAAACACAGCAUGCUCCGGCAUCGGAAGAAGCAUAGAGACGACGCUACUGAUGAUGAGGAACCGUCGCCACCUAACACGCCUAUUGAAGGAGAAAACCUUACCAACGGAUAUCACUAUCGCGAUGACGACGGAUCAGGCAACGAGAUUCCGAACAACGUCAACAACAACAACUCUCCUCCAGCAGCGCCAUUUGGCAAAAAUCUCAAACUAGACAUGACUUCACGUAAGUAUUCAUCGGAGGCCGAAAAUGACGGCGAAAAUGGAAGCGACUUGAUCGGAAAACUCUUGGGUAUCCCUGACAAGACCAUCAUCAAUAAGUUGCUUUCCUCAGCGGACGAAGCGGCAAAAUUCCUUGGAGUAAACAAAUGAGAGUACGCUUUAGUUCUCGUGACGCCGGCUAGACUGAUCCUAGCCCCGCGAGGACUAAAAUCACUGCAAACAACGUCAACGAAUGCGAGCGCAAAUACUUCUACAACGCCAUCUGUCAACGAGUAGAUUAUUUAUUUUACGCGCGAAAGAGCGCCAUUUAUAAUAAGUUUUGUAAAUUACUGAUAUAUUUAUAUGAAAUAACUAGGUGCCUUUAGCUGCCUUAAGUUUAAAGUACGAACCGUCCUAUUCUGCCUUAGCGUAAUAUAAAUGCUUAUAAGUGGGUUGAGAGCUACGAAAUUUUCUGUAGUGCCAGUUUACGAAAGUACAUUUUUGUCAUUAGCUAGUAAGUAGUGUAACUGUCAUACAUUUUAUUCUUUAAUUAGCGUUUACGUAAUCAUUAGAGCGCCAGUUUUAGCACGAACCAAAAAUCUUAGAGCUAUCUAAUUACAUGCAUUUUCCAUCUAGUCGUGUUUACUAUUUUCAUUUCGUUCAUCCUCAGUAUCACCAAACUUACUUAAUUUUCACAUAGGUAAUUAAUAUUACAGUUCAGCCAAAAACAUUUUAUUGCAAACCCAAAAUUAUCUAGUCAAUUCUUUACGAUUUCUUUGAUUGAUUUAAAUAAGAUUUAAUACCAAAAUAUUAAUAAUUAGACGGUAGGUAAGAUAGGAAAUAAGUUUAUUACCCAAUAUAACAUUGAUAUGAUAUAAAAAUAAACCUCAUGAUAGCCUAGCAAUGAAUUAAUAUAAGCAUUAAUUUGUAUCACUAGAAAAAUCGUAAACAAAAUGGUGAAGUACUUCUUCGACAUACUUAGAUCGAUACUAUUUUCUAACGCUAUUUGUGAAAGAAUAAGUAAGUACCAAUUUUUUUUCUCAUUCUGUAUUUCUCGGAUUUCAAGCCUGCUAUUCUUGGGUGUCUUAAUUUACAUUAUGUUCAUUUUUCUUGUUCUUGUUCUUGUUCUUAAUGAAAUAACUGACUUUCAUAUAAUUUUAGUUGCUCAAAUUGAUUGCAUUUCUUUUAAGCACAGUGUAAAAAAUUAACGUUGGUUUAAACAGUAAGGAUCUCUUUAUAUUAUUUAUGUGUAUAUAAUGUAGGAAUAUAAUAACACUUAUUUUACACCUAAUAAAUACGUCGGUGGAUGUUCAUUUACCAUUUCGGUUAUUGUAAGAAAAAGAAAAUAUUUUGUUUUUUGCUGGGUUUUAUCAAACUAGGGUUUUUAUGUUAAUCUAUUUCUAUAUGCAGCAAUUUUAUGUUAUCUGGGUUAAACCCUUAGUUAUCUUAUAAGGAUACGAGUCUCCUGAUGUGGGAACUAAAGAAUCAUACGCUAGAAUGAACCUAAGUGCGAAUAAUGCUUUGUAAAUAUCAAUUGCUGAAAGUUAAUACCAAAUAUAACCUUGAUAUACAUACUAUAAAAAAUUAAUUCUUAUAUGUACGUACAUUUCAAAAAGAUAGUUUAAGUAAUUUUCUGCAACCUAAAAAAUAUACCUAAUGUAUGCGACGAUGUUAAGAAUAUAAUAUGAAAAAGUAAUAAAUAAUUCAUAAUAUUGAGACAAGCUCUCGAGUAUUUCGAAAUUUUAUAUUUGAGUAAAAUGUUUUCACAAAUUGUAUCAAUAAUAAAAAUUAUUAUCUAUGAAGCAAUAUAUCUUAGAAUUAUAGAUUGUGUAAGUAUUUUUAAAUAUCUAUCUUAAAACUUAAAAUUAGAUGAUAAAUGAUUAUAAUGUAUUAUUUGUUAAAUGGAAAGUCCCGCUUUAUGUCAAUUAUAGUUAUAAAUUUUGAAAAUAAUUUGAUAUUAAUAUUUAUUUUAUUCGAGUAAUUCCUUGUUUGAAUGUCAAUGCGGCCAGUUAGUACUUAAUUCAGUUGCGAUAAAUUUGAUAUAAUUGAGUCGUAAAUGUGUUACAUAAGAUUAAUACGUAAGUAAUCUCGUACUUAAUAAUAUAAUAAUGUGUAGAAUAAAUAGUUAUAAUUAUGAAUUAGGGCAUAAGUUAAGAAUAUUGUGGCAACACCGCUUGGCCUUUCAAUGUAGUGUUUGUGUGUUAAAAAAUUUGCUCUUAACAUUUAAGAUACUUAAUUUUAAUAAAUUCGACUUUAUUAUUAUAUUGUAUGACUUAAUAUUAUAGUAAUUACAAAUUGAGACAUUUACUAUUCACCUAUUUGCCUUUCUUUCUUUAAUGCAAUAAGAGUGUCGUUUUAAAAACAUUUUUGUGAAAUACAUAAUGGUGUACUAUU